AUGGAAAUGCAGGGUCAUCUUAGCAUGACACAGAUGCUUGCCAAUAAGGCUGGUAACUACAAGCUUCUGUUUCGAAUUCUUAUCAAGCAGCCAAGAUUUCUGACUAAACAUUCAACCCAUCAUUGUGGCAAGAGAAGCUUCCCCAGGAAAGCCUCUUUUCAUAUCCACCGAAAAGAUGAGCAGAAAUUAAGUUUUGAGGGAACAGAGUUCCAAGCAGAUGGACUAAAUGUAUUUGUGGUCUCCCAAACCAAGUCUCGUGUGGUUAAGAAACUGCAGUCCCCAAGUUCAUUUGCUGAGGAUUGGAAUAAUGAUACUAUAAGAAAUAAGGCGGCCAACAGAGCCAUUAUCAUCAUUCUGUUUAACAACACAUUAUUGCAGUCAUCACAUUCUGUGCCAGAAGGGAAUCUAUAUUCCUGGUAUUACUUCCUGCACAGGCUCCUACACCACAGAAGUAUAUACAAAUACAUUCAUAAAGUUCAUUAUGAAUUUCAGGCUCCGUUCAGCUUGGAGGCCCAGUACGCACACCCCCUGGAAACGCUGAUUCUCGGAACUGGCUUCUUCCUUGGAAUCGUGUUGCUGUGUAGUCGUGUGAUUCUCCUGUGGGUGUGGGUGACCAUGCGUUUGAUAGAAAUCAGUGAUAUGCACAGUGGCUAUGAUAUUCCUCUCAAUCCCCUCCACCUCAUCCCCUUCUACACCGGCGCCUGCCACCAUGAUUUCCACCACAUGAAUUUCGUUGGAAACUACGCACCCACGUUUACCUGGUGGGAUUCACUCUUGGGAACCGAUGCUCAGUUUAACGCCUGUAAUGAAAAGAUGAAGUCUAGGAAAAAGAUGAACUAACUCUUUAAAGCCUUCCCAAAGACACACAUUCCCCUGAAAUGAAGCUAGUAGCUAACAUUGCUUCUGGAGAGCAGAAAUAAGCAUGUGGCUUGGCUGCUAAGCGACAGGGAACAGUAACAACCUUCUUCCUGGGGCUUUUCCUACUUCUACGAGUUCUGUAUGUGUAGGAGUGCCUUUGAGCACAGUUUUCGUGAGGGAGUUUUAAAGGCCAUGCUACUAACCUUAUGAAAAGGUUUGAAGCAAUGGAAAAAGUAUUACUCUUUCCCCCCAAUACUGCCAGAAGUUAGCAUUAGUCCUUAAAUCUGGUGAUUUCAGAAAACUGGCAGUAAUGAUACUGGUCUUGUAUUUGACUUCAAAUAUUUUUUACAAUUUGCCUAAAACAAAAAUAUCAUGAGUUAAAUCACAUCAACCAAUACAGUGGAGGAUUGGAGUUGUGAGGUCAGGAAUAACCAAUACCAAAACCUUCCACUCUGUCGGAGCUGACCGAAUGAGUGCUAGGGUGAUCCUCUCAAUGGAGAAUCAUUUUCAAGUGUAAUGCGCUACCAGCAUCUAUAAAUUCAAGAUUUCUGACUCGGUGAAAAUGAAGUAUUUUAGCUUAAAUGUUUUUCAAAGACUUGGAUCUUUUUUUUUUUUUUUUUUUGGUAUUGAGGCGCUUUUCUGCUAUUUACCCUUUCAUUUUUGUAUAUCAGGUUUUCAUUAAAACUUAGAGCUAGAACCUGAACAUUUGUGAACUGGUGUCCUGUAUUUGCACUUUGAGCUCUUUAAAUAAAUGUGAUUUUUGUCUAUCUGAUUUCCA